ACAAAAACAGCAAGUUGUGUUGUUGCUGUUGUUGUUGCGGUUGAUGUUACACUCAUGGCCGUUGGUAAAAUCUUAAAAUAGAAACCACAGCCUAUCGGCCCCACCUUCCUCCACCCUCCAAGCUGUUAUUGUUCCAACCCCACAGUUGAAGUUUUCUGCGGGAAGAUCUGGUCCCCCUUUUCCUCCUCUUCUCCCUCUCUCUCUCUCUCUGCCUGUCUCUUUCUCUCGCUCUUUGUUCACAGAACACGCGUGUUCAUCAUCAAUUCCUUUGAAUAUUUUUGUUUUUUGUCACAAAGAGAGAGAGUUCAUUAAUUCUCAGAGAUCUGGGGACUGGGAACUCCAUGCAGAGCCAGAGGUAAAUGACUAGAGAAUGGGGAAGAAAGGGGGCUGGUUUUCUGCCGUGAAGAAAGCUCUCAGUGCAGAACCCAAGGAAAGGAAAGAUCAGAAAACCCAUAAAUCAAAGAAGACUUGGUUUGGGAAGACCAAGACCAAGACCAAGACCAAGAAAUCUGAAGAAACUGCAUUAGCUAUUCCUGCUCCUCCCCAUCCCAUUGAAGAUGUGAGGUCAAUCGAAGCCGAAAAUGAACAGAACAAGCAUGCUUACUCUGUGGCAAUUGCCACUACUGUGGCAGCAGAGGCAGCUGUUGCCGCCGCUCAGGCUGCGGCGGAGGUUGUUCGUCUCACUACCGUUUCACAUUACUCUGGAAAAUCAGAGGAGGAAAUUGCAGCUAUCAAGAUUCAGACUGCAUUCCGAGGAUACUUGGCGAGGAGGGCAUUGCGGGCUUUGAGGGGAUUGGUGAGAUUGAAAUCUUUGAUACAAGGGCAAUCUGUCAAACGCCAAGCAGCUAGCACAUUAAGAUGCAUGCAGACUCUUGCUCGUGUGCAGUCUCAGAUUCGUUCAAGGAGAAUAAGAAUGUCGGAGGAGAACCAGGCUCUCCAGCGACAGCUCCAACAAAGAUGUGAGAAAGAGCUUGAGAAAUUGAGAACUUCUAUGGCAGAAGACUGGAAUGAUAGCACGCAGUCUAAGGAGCAAGUCGAUGCAAAACUACAGAGCAGGCAAGAAGCUGCUAUACGAAGAGAAAGGGCAUUGGCGUAUGCAUUCUCGCAUCAGCAAAUGUGGAAGAACUCUUCAAAAUCUGCAAAUCCAACAUUUAUGGAUCCAAACAAUCCUCAUUGGGGUUGGAGUUGGUUAGAGCGAUGGAUGGCGGCCCGACCGUGGGAGAGUCGAAGCGCGAUGGAUCAUAGUGACCGUACCUCUGCAAAGAGCGCUGCAAGCCGUGCCAUCUCUGUUGGAGAAAUCACCAAAGCUUAUUCUCGCCGCGAUGUUAACCAAGAUAAUAAUAAGCCUUCGCCUACAGGCCAAAAAUCGAGCCGACCUCCUAGUCGCCAAUCUCCUUCAACUCCCCCUUCUAAGGCACCAUCUUCAGGAUCGGUAACUGGGAGACGAAAGCCACGAAACUCCAUGGGGAGUGGCUGGAGUGGGGAUUAUGACUCGAGGAGUAUGCUUAGCGCCCAGUCAGAGCGCUGGCGUAGGCAUAGCAUUGAAAAUUCAUCAGUGAGAGAUGAUGAGAGCCUUGCUACCUCACCUUCAGUUCCAAGUUACAUGGCAUCAACACAAUCAGCAAAGGCCAAGUCCCGGCUGCCAAGUCCAUUAGGGUUAGAGAAAAAUGGGACGCCAGAGAAGGGAUUGGCGGUUUCUGUAAAGAAACGUCUCUCGUUUUCUGCUUCCCCGGCUGGACCGAGAAGGCAUUCUAGUCCUGCUGAUAUGUACACUAGCUCCAUUAAGGACAGUGAUGUGCAUACAGAGGAUAAAAGUAAACAAUGAGUGAGGAGACAAUGAAGUUGUGAGUUUACCAGUGCAAAUGAAGAAAAGUAAAUAAAAGAGGGUUACUAGUGUUGUUCUCACUCGACAUCUUUUUCUUCUUCUGGACAACUGCUCUUGUAAGAAAACGUUUGUGUAUCAUGCAUGGGAUUGGUUUGGGGAUGAUAUAGUUUAUGGGAACAAUGUUUGAUACCUUGUGUUGUGGUCUUGUGGGGAUUGCUUCUCUUUAUUCAUUUUGCUUCUCUCAUUUAUUUAGUGGGGUUCUUUAGAUUCUGGCUCA